UCCAUUUUUUUUUAGCGGGAAAAAACUUUCAUUGUGGAAUAGCUGAGAAUCGAUUGUUCAUUCACCAGCUCACAUCAAAAUUAUAAUAUUCAAAGUAAACAAAGCUGUUCAAUCCAAGAAAUUUCUACAAUGCAAGCGUUCUUGACUGGAAAAUCUGGUUUAACCAAGACAAAAGAUAACCAAACUUCAAAAGAAACAACAAGAGAAAAAAGUAAACAUGUCCCAUGGGUGGAGAAAUACAGACCAAAAUGUGUAGAUGAUGUCGCUUACCAAGAUGAAGUAGUAGCUGUAUUAAAGAAAUCUUUACAGAAUGCAGAUUUACCAAAUCUGUUGUUUUAUGGUCCACCAGGAACAGGGAAAACAUCAACUAUUUUAGCAGCUUCUAGGGAGCUGUUUGGGGAUAUGUACAAAGACAGAGUUCUAGAACUGAAUGCAUCUGAUGAAAGAGGAAUCGACGUUGUCAGGGAAAAAGUGAAGAAAUUUGCACAGCUAACAGCUAGUGGAAUAAGACCUGAUGGCAAGCCAUGUCCACCUUUUAAGAUAGUAAUUCUUGAUGAAGCAGACUCAAUGACUAAGCCAGCUCAGGCAGCUUUGAGAAGAACAAUGGAGAAGCAGUCGAGAACGACCCGUUUCUGUUUGAUAUGUAACUAUGUCAGUAGAAUAAUAGAACCUAUUACAUCUAGGUGUGCAAAGUUUAGGUUCAAACCAUUAGCAGAAGACAUCUUAUCCAAAAGAUUACGUGAAAUCUGUGUGAAAGAAAAUAUUAAAUGUGAUGAUGAGGCAAUACAUGGUUUAAUGUAUACAUCUGAGGGAGAUCUGAGAAAAGCCAUCACAUAUUUACAGAGUGCGGCAAGAUUAAAAGGAGAAGAUGAAAUAAAUAAACAAGAUAUUUAUGAAAUUGCUGGUGUUAUUCAUGAUGAAAUUAUAGACAGGUUAAUAGAAGUGUGCAGUACAGAUUCGUAUGAAAAAUUAGAACAAGAGAUAAAGGUAGCAAUGAUGGAAGGCCACUCUGGUAUGCAGGUGAUAUCACAGUUGCAUGAUAAACUUGUGGAAAUGGAGGCACUAACAGACAAACAGAAAUCUGUCAUCAUGGAAAAACUGGCUGUUGUAGACAAAUGUUUAAUUGACGGAGCUGAUGAAUAUUUACAACUGAUGUCUCUAUUUACAACUAUGAUGUCACAGAUAUGUCAUGGAGAAAAGUGAAAUAAACCGGGAAAUUUAUUUGCAAAAAUCUUGAAUUAAGGACAAACGUGGCUUAAUUUGUCCUUUAAAGACAACUGCUGUGAAAACAAAAUCCAAAGCACAUAAGUGAAUUGUUGUGUAAAUAUGACUAAAAGUUUCCUCGAAAUAAGUCAGAAUUUGCUAUUAAUGGAGAUGAUAAAGCAACAAAGUAGUGAAAUUAAAGCAUGACUUG